AGUGAGGUGUGAAGGAUGGGAGGGUUGGUGGUGUUGGUAAUCCUGAGUACAGCUGUACCAGUCAUAACAAGUGAUCAGCUGGUGACUCGCACCUCUCCUCCUCCUCCUCCUCUGCUGUUAUUACCUCACUAUACACUACACAGACUGAGAGGAGCAGUACUAGUGACCAGUUGGCACUAUACCACCACCUGCACCACACCAGAACCAGCUGCCCGGGAGACGAUGGGUUGGAGAGUGACUGUGUUGGUCGUGGUGCUCAUUACUGGAAUUGUAGGACAACAAUUUAGUUUAGAUGAUGUAAAACUGAAGCAUAACAUAGAUGACCCUGAUGAUGUGCCGGAGAUAUCAGAUUGGAAGCAACGAUGCCGUGAAACUGUUGGCGAGGAUGCUGUGAAAAGAGAUAGAGGUAAGGCAAAGAAAAAAAAUCCCAAAAAGAAAAUACUUUCAUCAUUGAACACUUUCACCUCACUCAAACAAUCACUGUUUUUGCAGAGGUGCCCAGAAUACAACAGUUUAGAAGUAUAUACGUAUAAAAAUACACAAUACAGUGGACCCCCGCUUAACGAUCACCUCCCAAUGCGACCAAUUAUCCGUCGUGAUCGUUUCAUGGCAUGUGUUGAGGACUUUUUUACUAAACUUGAAAGGUGCACGAAUGAACAGGAGCAGCGCGAUCUGAACAUCUCUAGAAAGGCCAUAGAUGCUGGAAUUGACUUUAUUUGCUAUAAAGGAGGAGACAGAAUUGCUUGUGAGUACGUCAUUUUUAUUAGGUUUAAUAUGCAAGUUAAUUUUCAUUUUAUACAUUCAGUACGUGAUUUUUUAACCCUUUCAGGGACUCGGUGGGCAAAAUUGCAGACUAGUAAAUAUUGCCGACUCAGCAAAAUUUGCGAGAAGCUUUGUCUGAUUUUCAGAAAAAUGAAUGAUAUGCACCAGUGUGUAGUGAAGUACACAGAAAAGUGUAACGACCCUACACCCUCAAACAUUCUGGACUCUCUGAUAACACAAGUUUUGAAGGUGACACCUUGUUGGCAGACUAGCAGUGCUCCAACCUUGUCUUCAACUCAAUACCUCUUGUCUCCCAUGCUCACACUAUUGGCUGCUGCACUAACUGCUGCUAAUAUACUUCUUUAAACAUAGAGGCAAAUAUAUCUGUACUGUAUAUUUGAUUUGAAGAUUGACUAAGGUAUGUGAUUGUAGAUCUUUUGUGGGUGCACAGCUGAUAGGCUUUGAAGUGAACACAAUUUUAAUAAAAGGUAACAAGGUUUUAAAAAGUAAUAACCUCAGUCAGCAGUAACUAUUUCGAUGCUGUUUUAUACAUUCCUAUACUUUUGCUAGAUUUAGAUUGAGUUCAGAAUCUAACUGCCAAAUAGUGGGUCUGUUUAAUGUAUUACUUGCAAUACUAUUAAGAACUUGUUGUACUUAAAAUUAGUUUAUUGGCUAUUGUUCUGAGACAAUGCUAAGUUUAUUUUUUAUCUCGCAAUUUUGGUUAGUUUUCUAAUUGAAUUUGUGCCAUAGAUUUGCUAAUUUCUCAAUUGUUUUUUUAACUGGAUAAUUUUUAACUUGCUGCCAUGUUGUAAGAAAUCCUUAAGAUUUGUUUAGUAAACACAAUUUUUUUUUUCUAUCUUGUAUAUUGAAUAUCCUUCCAAAUCUGUUAAAGUACAGUAUGGCAAUUUAGUUUUUCAUAGUGAAUUCUUAUGACUUUCCAAGAGUCCAUUGUUGAAAUAAGAGGAUUGUUUGCAAGACUAGUAGUUAAACCUGGUCUGUCCUGUUAACUGUAUUUUGGCACACUUAAGUCCUAUGGUGUUUAGCUGACAUUGCAUAUUUUCACCUUCAAUGAUGCCUUGAUAAAGAUAAUUCAUGAAUUUUGCUAAUAGCUUUUUAAGGGGGGGAAAGCAUUUUUGCAUAAAACAGUGAACAGCUGGAGAGCUAAUGUAAAGAUAGAGUAAAGAGUAUGCAGUAUAUAGAAACACAUUUCCCUGUAAUUUACUUUUUUUUUUUUUUUUUGGGGGGGGGGGGGGUGUAUAAGGAUUUUUAAAUUAAAGAUUCUGAUAAUGGUAAAAAAAAAAUUCCAGUUUGAAGAUGUUCAGUUUUUCAUACAUUUCUUUAAAAUUGUUUUGCUGUAUUUUCUUAGUUUACACAACAGCCACACUGCUUAACUGUAAAGGUUAAGUGGGAUAUUUUGUAAGGUACUGUACUGUGCCUACAAAUCAACAUAAUCCCAAAAAACCUGCAUUAUCUAGUACUGUAUCUGUAACAAUGGCAGCGGCUGUUGCCAUGUGUCAGACUUGCUUAAUUUACAUGAGAUAGUGUUGUGAAAGACCUUUAAGGAUUAUUUUCAUUUAUGUCUAUUUAUAUUGAGCCAAUAAUAGUUAGGUAAAUGUUAAUAAACUUGCAAGAUUUGCAAAUGCCUGCUUUUCUUUGUAAAAAUACACUAGAAUAAUGUUGAUCAUUUAGUGCUGCAUGUAGUAUAAUGUAAUGAGAAUAAGAGCCAAACCUGGUGAACAGUAUAAUGUUCAUGCUAUAAGCAGCCUUCCAUUUUUGUGGCAAUUUGAAAUUCUUGGUGGGAGGGGGGGGGGAGCUUUGCUUAAAAUUAGUGACACUGCUGUUAAACUGAGAUAAGAAUGCAUGUGUACUGUAGAAAGUUGUUUAAUGCAGAAGUUACUGCUGUGGAAGUGUAAUAGGGUACCUGUGUGAAUGACAGUGGGAAUAGAUGUAUGGGGAGGGGGGAUGAAGAUCACCAAACUUCUGAAAAUGUAAUAAGAAAUAACAUUGUGAUGAAUAAACAGUAAACUGGAUUACUAGCACUUGGAACAUUAGACCUGGGUGCAAAUAACUCUGUAGCUGAAGCAACAGAAGAAAUUACUUGGCUUUCUCUUCCUCUUUUUUUUUUUUUUUUUUUUUUUUAAACAUUGUAAUAGACAGAUAUUGCCAUUUCAUCUGUACAAUCAAAACUAAACACCUAAUCUCACAAGGGUUAUCCAUUCUUAGUUCUUACUUAUAAUAAGAAGGGUAGAUUGAAAAUGGUAAUUAAAGGGAUAGUUAAAAUUUUUGGUAGUGGAGUGAGCAAGAUAAUGGACUGGGGAGAGUGGUUAGCUGGCUUAGAGGUUUAGUGUGUACCAGGUAGGAUAUGGUUGAGGUUUAAUGUAUGUUCAUGUAAAGGCAGAACUUGUGAUUACUGGUGAGUGUUUGUUGGGUCCUCCUGUUUUAUUUGGAAAUGGUAGCUAAAACUUUUCUUAUUUCAGCUAUGAAAUCUUGUCACUGUUAAAUUGCACUUCAGUUGUAAAGUUCAUGAUCCUAUUCAGCAGCAUGCUACAGUACAUUACCAGUGUUAGGAUUGGGUGUUUUAUCAUAGGUCUCAAGGCAUGGGCACCUUUUUGAAAGGUAAUGGUAGACCAUUGACACUUUAAUGUCUUCAUAUUAGUAACUAUUUUUUUUCUACAUGGGUAUAGCUACUCCUUUAUGCACCCCUAUCCACAACACCUCAAAAAUAAUGUUUAAAAGCAUUUUUAUUAAUAUUUUUGUAUACCUUUGCUAUCUAGAAAAGUUGCGUAGAAUCUAUUGGUAAGAAAUCAUACUAAAACUGGUGUAUAUUUCUUUGACGAGAUUGGCAGUUACUUAGAUUGUAACAGUCUCCACUAUAAGGUUCAAAUAUUUCAAUAUUUUUCCUUGACUGAAUGACAUAAUUGGUGUACAUAUUUUUUUUAGGUGUUUCAUAUAAUUUAUUUUCCCUUUUAAAACUGUAUUUGUAAGCUAGCUGUAUUUACAGUAUGUAAAUAAUAAUGAUGUACAGUAAAUGAUGUAAAUUUGAUAUGUGAAUGUAGCUUUAAUUGCUUCAUAAGUUGUCUGCUUGCAUGGCUUGUUAGACCAGUGGCUGAUAGGAGUGACAAAGCUGUUUUAGCCAUUUUAAUUUUCAUCUCUUAAAGGUAAUGUUGGUUGGCAAAUGAAUAGCACUUGCACUAAAGCUGUUAUGGUGCUAGUGUAGUCACUUAAAAUAAAUAUCGGGUAGGUAACUCCAAAUGAGGCAAAUAAAUGCUUGUAAAUUUUUACAUAUACUUGGGUUAAUUACAUACUAAAAGAAUCUCUAAUGUAUAGUAUAUGCUUAACUAAACAUGGCUCUAGCUAUGCAGUAUUUUGUGCUCGGCAAAAUUAGUCUGUUUAGCCGAGCCAUUUAAAUAGCUUUACGUCAAAGAAUACUCCUAUUCCCUUCACCUUUUGACAGGUUUUUCCAAUUGCAUUUCUGUAAACCUCUGUUCCCUUCACCCUGUGUGUUGCUUAAGCAUUGAAUGUACUAAAAACCAUGUAAUGAAGUGAUGUGCAACUAAUGUCACCAGAUCAUGAGAGAUUGAGACUUAAGUUUUAACACACCUUAAAUUGCCUUGUAGAUUUAAAGCCUAAUUUGAUUUCUUAAGAUCUGUCUCCAGUGUGACUGGAAAAAUAUUAAAAGGUACCCUGUGAGCUAUGUAGAUGGUUAAAUGCACCUUUUAAUUUGGCAUAUUUCCAGGCUGAGCAAAAGAGAUUUGGCAUUUUGAGCCAUUGCAAAAUUUUAGCUUUUUUAGUUCAUGCAUGCAGCGCUGUAUAGUCCUUGUGACUUAGCGCUUCUUUUUGAUUAUAAUAAUAAUUUAGGUCAUGCAUUUAUACUCUGCAUAGCACUUGGUCUCUGCUAAAGAUAGUUCUUAAAUUGGUGACUAGGCUGUUUAAAUUUAAUUGUUACCUAGUAAUAAAUUAAUCCAAAUACUCUCAAACUAAUACCUGCAUAUAUUGGUUAUGGUUUGUACUUAUAUCACUUGUCUUUUAACAUGUUUGUAAUGAAACUUGUAUUUUAUACUCUAACACGUGUUACUCCUAAAAUGUACUGUGAACAUUUACCCCACAUUCUCAUUAAAGUUAAGUUUAUUA